AAAACUGCCAAUGAACUAAAAAGUGUGCUGCCAGCCUUAGACAAGGCAAUUGUGGCUCUGAACGCCCUGGAUAAAGCUGAUGUCGCUGAAUUAAGAGUAUACACACGGCCUCCCUUCCUCGUACUGACUGUCAUGAAUGCAGUGUGUAUACUUCUGCAAAAGAAACCUAACUGGGCAACGGCAAAGUUACUUCUUUCAGAAACUGGUUUCCUGAAAAAAUUGAUUAACCUUGACAAGGACAGCAUACCUGAUAAGGUUUUCAUGAAGCUAAAAAAAAUUUUAACCUUACCUGAUUUCAACCCAAACAAGAUUGCGCUGGUUUCUGUUGCUUGUUGCUCCCUGUGCCAGUGGGUUAUAGCUUUGAAUAACUACCAUGAAGUACAGAAGGUUGUGGGCCCUAAACAAAUCCAAGUAGCUGAAGCUCAAAACGUCCUUAAAAUUGCGCGACAAAGACUGGCUGAGAAACAAAGAGGUUUACAGCUGGUUGAAGAACAUUUGCUGUUUUUACAGGCAGCUUACAAAGAUACCGUUGCUGAAAAACAACUAUUAGCAAAUCGGAAAAAAAUGGCCAGCAGGCGCUUUCAGUGCGCGUCAGUCUUACUAACCGUCCUGGAAGAUGAGAAGACUCGAUGGCAAGAAACAAUCAAUCAAAUAGAUAACAAAUUAGAAGGAAUUUUGGGUGACAUACUUCUUUCAGCAGCAUGCAUUGUAUACAGUGGAAUUUUAACACCAGAAUUUCGCCAGUUGAUUGUGAAUAAAUGGGAGACUUUCUGCACUGAAAAUGGCAUUUCUUUGUCUUCCAACUUCUCUUUAAUUAAAGUUAUGGCACAAAAAUAUGAGAUCAGCCGAUGGCAUAAUCAGGGACUACCUCAUGGUCAGUAUUCAGUAGAGAAUGCCAUCUUGAUCAAGAAUGGCCAGCAGUGGCCACUGCUGAUUGACCCACAUAGGCAAGCUCACAACUGGAUCCGUCAGAUGGAAGGAUCCAGGCUGCAGAAGCUCUCCAUUGAAGACAGCAAUUACACCAAAAAAAUUGAAAAUGCUAUGAAGACAGGAGGGAGUGUCCUCCUGCAGAAUCUCCUUGAGACAUUAGCUCCAGGCUUAAAGGCAAUUCUGAAAAAGGAUAUCUAUCAGAAAAAAGGACACUAUUUCAUAAGGGUUGGUGACGCUGAGAUCGAAUACAAUUCAAAUUUUAGGUUAUACUUAUCUACAGAAAUAGACAACCCCCAUUUUCUUCCAUCAGUUUAUAACUUUGUUACUAUGAUCAACUUCACUGUAACAUUCCAAGGUUUGCAAGAUCAACUCUUGUCUACUGUGGUAACUCAUGAAGUUCCUCAUUUAGAAGAUCAACGUUCCAAGUUACUGGAGAGUAUUUCCCUUGAUGCCGUAACUCUUGAAGAACUAGAGGAAAAAACAUUAAAUUUACUGCAGAAAGCACAAGGAUACGCGUUAGAUGAUGAAGAAAUUAUAGAUACCUUAAGAAAAUCCAAAAUGACAUCAAAUGAAAUUUCAAAGCGCAUUGAAGCAACAAAAAAAGCUGAAAGUGAAAUCCAAGCAAUACGUAAAAACUAUCUCCCCAUUGCAACCCGAGGUGCCCUGCUCUACUUUCUAGUAGCUGGUCUCACGCAAAUCAACUACAUGUACCAGUUCUCCCUAGACUGGUUUCAUCAGGUUUUUGUUUUGUCAGUAGUUUCCAAAAGCAAAGAACAAGAACAUAGUUUUAAAAGGGAGAAAGUGUCUCCAAAAGAAGUUCAUGAGAUUAUAAAUAUUUCAAAAGAACCCAACUUGGAAAAUGAGAAAAAUCUGUUAGAUAAGCAUAUUAAAAGUGCAAUGGAUGUGUUGACAAAAAGUAUUUUUAAGAUAAAAAUUCUUAGACCAGAAAGUUUAAAUAAUUCAGUGAGAAAGUUUAUAACUGAAAAAAUGGGAAAUGAAUAUCUUCAAAGAACUGGAGUUAAUUUGAAAGAUGCAUAUAAAGAAUCCAAUGCCAGAACUCCGCUGAUACUUAUUCAGUCUCAUGUUCGUUAUACAGGGAUCGACCUUACCAAUAUCCUCCUGAGAUUUGCACAAGAGUUAAAAGGAACAACACAUCAUGUGACCAUAAUUUCUCUGGGCCGUGACCAGGCAGCGAAAGCUGAAGACCUCAUUUUAAAGGCACUAACGAAAACACAACAAUGGGUCUUCCUCCAGAACUGCCAUCUUGCAGCCUCAUUUAUGCCAAGGCUUUGCGCAAUUGUAGAAUCACCUGAGCAGAGUAAGGAUGAACUGGUGAUGGAAAUUCUAUCCGACUUGCUAAAGCGGCUGCCACUGACAGUGGAGAAAGAAGAAAGUGCUGUUGGAACUCCAAGCACAUUGAAGAGCAUGAUGUCAAGCUCCAUUUGGGAGUCUCUUUCUAAAAAUCUCGAAGAAAACGUUUAUCAACCCCUGGUCAAGAUACAUGAAAUUCCCUUAACUUUCAAAGCCUAA